UUUUUUAUUUUUACAGUUAACAACAAUCAAAUGAAAAAUAACAGCAAUAUACAACAUCCUCAAAAUCCAUCAAAUAUUUCAAUAACAUCAACUCCCCAACAGCAGCAACAACAAUUUAUUCAAUUACAAGAACAACAACAAAAGCAGCAUCAACAAUUACAACGUUCAGGUGGAAAAACAGUAAUUAAUAGUGGAAAUAUUGUUGCUGCUUCUCAACAACAACAAAAUUUGUCUGCUGCUGCUGCUCCUUCAUUAUUAAAUUUACAACAACAAUUAAAUUUGCUUUUUACACAACAACAGCAGCAACAAUCAAAUCAACAGCAACAACAAAUGGCUUUAAAUGAAUCUCUUCUGACCUCUACUCUCUUGUCUCGCCUUCAAAACAUUAAUAAACCUUCUUCUGAUGUUAAUAAUAGUUUGCUUUCUGCUGCUGCAUUAACUGGACUAUUUCCUCAACAACAACAACCUUUUGGGGCUCCAAAUUUAAAUAAUAAUUCUCUUUUGGCUGGAUUAAAUUCUGGAGUGGGAGGAGUCAUAGGGGGAGGAGGACAACAACAACAUCAACAACACCAACAAUUAUUUGGUGGUUUUCCAAUCCAACCAUUAGGUCCAGGUACAGGGUCAUUAACAAGUGGUAAUAGUGAUGCUGCAGCUGCUGCACAAUUACAACAACAAGCAAAUUUAUUAAAUGCUUUACAGCAACAACAUAAUGCGUUGAAUUCGGUGGGGAAUAAAUUAACUAUUGUUGUGUGUCGGUUCGGAACAGAAAAUCGAUGA